AUGGAAUGCCUCGAACGUGAUAUUGGUUAUGCAAAAUGUCAUGAUACCUUAAAAAUAAUGCCUUUAGGUCGUGCUCCUGGUGAAGAUGGAAUAACAAUCGAAGUAUGGAGAGUGCGUGGUUAUCCUCAAUACGCUGAAAAUGAAAAAGUGAAAUUAGUUAGUCGAAUGAAACAAAAUUCACUUCGACAAAAUUUUACCGAACAACUUAUUUAUGCUAUUGAACAACGUCAAAAACAUAUUCAACUACAUAUGCAAUAUUUCACAAACGAUGUCUUCAUUUUUUUCUACCAUCGCUUCGACGAUCGUCGACAGAAAUGGUAUCGUCGGAGCUAUCAUCUUAAUUUAUAUUGGGAUAUUCUUCCGUCAUCUCCUAUUAUUGAAGUUCAUCUAAAGUUAGCACCGGAACAAUUGACAUUACUUUCUCGUGGAUCGAAAUAUGUAUCAUCAUGUCAAAGCCAAUUUUACAAGAAGGAAAAAAACCAAAUCAUUGAAGAAGAACAUAAAAAUAUUAUUGGUACAAUUGAAGAGUUCUUUCGUCAACGUUCUUAUUGUAUCUCAGAAAAACGGAUCAAGGAAUUUUCUCUUGAUCUUCAAAAUCUUCUUCAAUGUCUUUAUACCAAAAAAUUAGCACGAAAAUUAUCUCUACGUGCAAAACGUGAACAUAAAUUAAUUAUGAGUAUUCACUGUUAUUUACAGAAAUAUCAACAAGUGAUUUUACGACGAACUGAUAAAAGUAAAGUAUUUCAUCUAGGUGAUGCCAAUGAUUAUCAAAGAAAAGUUCGUGAAUAUAUGCAAGAAACAGAAGCUUAUGAAGAAAUUCCAUCGGGUAUCUCACCAUUAGCAGUUAAUUUAAAACAAGUGAUAUCAUUGCUUGACCAUCUUUACUAUGCUGAAACACCUUGCAUUACAAAAAAGCAAUAUGAAGCAAUGUAUCCUAAAGAAAAUGACAUCGAAUUAAGUCACUUAUAUUUUAUACCAAAACCACAUAAAAUUGGUACUCCGUUACGACCGAUUGUUGCAGGAAUUCAUGCACCAGCUACAUUAGUAUCACAAUAUCUUGAUGAAUUACUCCGUCCUAUUUUCAAUCGCGUCGCACGAAAAACAAUUUAUAUUGAUAGUAUGGAUCUUGCGAAACAAUUAGAAAACCAUCGAAAUGAAGGUCAUUUAUUAUCCACUACAAAAUGUGUUACAGCUGUUGUAAAAAAUCUUUAUACAAUGAUACCAAAAGGUGGUGCAUUGGAUGCAUUAUAUCGAUUUUGUGUUAAACAUGACAAAGACCAUACAAAUUGCUUCGUUUUUGAUAAUAAAUAUUAUAAACAAAUUCGUAGUGGAGCUAUGGGAUCACCAUUUACAAUAACAUUAGUAAAUAUCUAUAUGUAUGAAUGGGAACAAUCAUUGAUUGAACAUCAACAGCAACGAAAUGAACUCUACGGAAGAUAUAUUGAUGAUAUUUUUAUGACUUCCAAUGAACCUAUUAACAAUAUUAAAGCAUUACUUGACCGAGAAAACGAAAAAGAUCCAAAUAUUAAAAUUAAUUAUACCAUUCAUGAAUCAGUUGAAUUUCUUGAUGUUCUUAUUGAAAAUAUUCAAGGACAAUUAAAAACAUCUGUUUUCCGUAAACCAGCGGCUGAACCAUACAUGCUUCCAUAUACGUCGGAUCGUCCACGUUAUAUCCAUUCGAAUACAAUCCAUACAGCCUUAUUUUGUGGUAUUCGUCUUUGUUCAGAUGCAGAAACUUUUGAUCAAAACCACUAA